UUCGACUUUCUGCCCUUUGUUUUCAUUUGCGUGAUAUCAGCGGCUUCACCCCAAAAAUGGCUCUUUAUUCGAGCUUGCAUUCUCGUGUCAGAAGCGCUACCUCUUGUAAGAGGGUGGUGGUGAUUUUCACGGUUUGCCCAGUCAUUUACACGGCCUCCCUUUGGCUAUCCAUUUUAUUUAAAUUACCCUGAAUUGCGCUUUGAAUUAAAAAUGAGACGGUAAUUGCAGGGUCUACUAGGACAGCGGUUUUUGUAUCAUAACUGAAGUAAAGCCAAAAGCGUAUCACAUUAACCGUUCCGUGAUGGCAAAGGUGACUGUAGUUCGUGCAAAACUCGAGUGCUAUUUGUCUGCGACUCUCCCGACCUACUUUGGAUAAAAAUUGAACAGUUUUGAAUAUUCCGGAGAUAGAUGAAUCUUAUCCUGGCCCGAGAAACCAGUGCGCUAUGGGGUUAGCUUGCACCCGACCUAAAACAAAAAAAUCAUGUUUGGAAAAUGAUGCUAAGCUUCAAGCAAAAUACAAGAAAGACCCGGCUAUCGAUACGGUGCAACCGCUGAUCCACGUGACCACGGCCUCAAACAGCAGCGACCCAAACCUGAACGAUGAAGCGAACACCGGAAACGAGAGCCUGUGCCGUAACCACCCGGCUUCCAACGGCCCUACGGCAGAGUAUUUUACCCGGCCCAGGCCCUCCUGUGAUUAUGACAACUCCUCCGCCGUGGCUUUACUAAGGUUGCGCACCAUCAUGCGGCAGAUAGAGGAGGGUCAGGUCAGUUCUGUGUCCGACGUGAGAGAAGAACUCGGACAAGCGUUGGCCAUGAUCGAAUACACCGCCAGUCCUAUGAGAGACUAUAGGGGGUCGGCAGGCGCGCUCAGUGAGAUCGACGAGAACCUCGAGAAUGAGCUCGACAGCGUGAACGAAGAGGUCCGUGAAUGGAUCGCUACCACGUUCGCGCGGGGACCUGGGGCGGCGAGAAGAAAGAGUAUGGUGCGACGGCAUACCUUCAGGGGCGUUGUCCAUGCAGUCAAAGCAAGUCUAUAUGUGAACAAAAUGCUGAAAAAUGCGACAGAACGCUAUAAGAUGCAUGUUCCUGAAAACGUUCAGAAGGCGUUCGAGGACCUGGACAAGUGGACGUUUGAUGUGUUUGCGUUAAGCGAAUCAUGUGCAGGUCAUCCGUUACGAUAUAUCGGUUACGAGGUUCUGCAUAGACGAGACAUGCUAAGAAACUUCAAGAUCCAUGCGAUGACACUGGACCGGUUCCUCCAGGAUGUCGAGACCGGAUACAAGCGACACAGUAACCCGUACCAUAACGACUGCCACGCGGCUGACGUCACACACACCGUGCAUUACUUCCUGGAGUGCAUGGGAGUCUCGAAAUACCUUUCGGAUCUCGAGGUAUUCGGCCUCCUCCUAUCUGCCAUCAUACACGAUUUAGAGCAUACUGGAACUACUAAUGCAUUUCAUAUAAACUCAAGAUCCGACUUAGCGCUUUUAUACAACGAUAGAUCCGUUUUAGAAAACCAUCACGUUAGUUGUGCCUUUCGAAUUCUCCAAGAUGACGAAAAGAACAUUCUUUCUGGUCUUAAUCUUGAACAAUAUGCAGACGUUCGCUCUCUCAUGAUUGACACUGUCCUGGCAACUGACAUGUCGUCACACUUCGAGCAGCUGCGACUGAUGAAAGUGGCACUCGUGGCAGGAAGUCCAAUCGAGAACCGUGAAGUCGUCCAGCUUCUUCUUCAUGUGGCGGAUAUCAGCAAUCCGACCAAAGACUGGACGAUACACCGACAGUGGACCACGAAAAUCAUGGAGGAGUUCUUUACGCAGGGGGACAUGGAGAUCGAACUUGGCCUGGAUGUGUCUCCGCUGUGCGAUCGAUCAACAACGCUGAUCCCAGAGAGUCAAAUAGGUUUUAUCGACUUCAUAGUCUCCCCAGCACUUGAAGUGUGCAGUGAGGUUUUAGAAGAAUUCAUUCAAGAGUCCUCUGGUAACAACCAGACCAACAUUCAUUUGGAGAGACCAUGGACAAAACCUCUCGCCGAAAACAGAAAGAAGUGGAAAGAACAGUGCACAUCUCAUCCAAAACCGGGUGGGUCGACGUUGAGCGUCAACAGUCGCACCUCAUAUACCAACACACAUGAGUGCAGCGACGACUCCGUACACGCGGGUCUACGGUGGAGCCCGCGGGUCAACAGGCGGCUGCUUACACCAAUAAUAUCAUGAGCUCGCAUCCGGCGCCACAGUUUACCGCUUACCAGGACAUUUUGCUCCGAACCUCCUCUGCGAACGAGAGCUGGAGAUGACAUUGACAGUAAUGAGAGUAGAGUGGCCCCACAAGAAAUGCUCGCGUGGUGCAAAUAUAUUCGUAUAAGCGCAAUUAUUUACGUUGCGUGUAGGCUGAUACAUUAAAGCCCCGUGCAAACUGCGCCAGCACCUGCCAGAUUUGCUGGCGAAUUUUCGCUUGACUGACUAUAGGACAGAGGAAAUAUCAAAAUGGGAAAUUUGGGACGUUCUGACAUUUCCUUUUUCUUGUGGUCAGUCGAGCAAGAAUUCGCCAGCUAUGGUGGCGCAGUUUGCCACUGUCCAAAUUUCAGUGGCUGAAUUGCAUGAUUACAAAUGUUUGUUCUGUUCCUGAGCAUUCAUGGACUUCUCAUAACAACGCUCCAAUUAAACAACACACGUCGUUCCUGGCUAGUUUGGAGACAGCAGCAAAAGCAACUGGUAAAAGUUGCUAGGAACAAAUUUCAAAAUUGGGGAAGAAAAAGUAAACCCCAUGCAAGUUGAUCCCAUUCCAUUAGUCACGUUAUGGGUUCCCGGCGUCAACCCAAAUAAAACGAUCAUAACAGGCACGCAAUCUCCGACAAAAUGGAUCUACAGUAUCGCCAGGAGUUUAUAACACGUAAAUUAUAACCGAACCCGUAAGCAGCUAAGGAGAAAAGAGUGUAUAAAGCGAAGCACGCGAGCGCGCGCACAUUCAAAACCAGAAAAUUGGUUGAUUCGACUUUUUUACUAUCACCCUAUUUAUUGUUUUUAUAUUUUAGAAUUUGGAGACUUCAGUGCUUUUUAUUUACUCGUGGAAAGAAUAACGGGUUGGUGAAAACCACUCAAGUUUUAUUGUAGGCUGUGUGCAGACCUUGCAAAGAGCACAUGUUUGUUAGAUUGAGAUAAUAUAUAUAAAUUAGGAUUUUAUCAGAAUGAAUAAAUUGAUUAUCGGCG